GGUGCUUGCUUAGUUUAGUUAAGUGUUUUAGUUUGAGCAAAGGUACGUCUUCCAUCACUUUCCUUUUUUUUUCUGACGAAGGGUAGAAAUGUCCGCUGCUGGUACGCUUUCCAUUGACUCCCGCAAGUGGGUGGAAACGAUUGAGGCAUCCGGCGUCGAAUGCCUUUGCUCUCCUGUCUCAGCCAAAAAUGUCACGCAUGUUCUUUCCACAGCCACAGUGCGCGGCCCGCAGAAGCAGCUCUGCGCAGCUGUGAGCAACUUCGUACCUGGGAUGCUGGAGAACGCGCACGGCAUUUCAAUUUUGACUGCACUGGUGUGCUAUGGUACUCCCGCAACAGUGGAGCUAAUCUCCGGCAAGCUUAUAGCUGUCGAUGAGGGCGUCUGGUCAUUUACUGCGGCGCCAAGCAAGGAGCUAACGAAGCCGCUGUCGCAUCUGCUAGAACGACUUGUGUACCGCGAAGACUGUACCGGUAAAUCUCGCAAAGCCCUUCUGGACAAGUUACAGUCUGCUGAGAAUCAGGCCCUUUUCUCCUCGCUUUUCACCCUCCCGGCUGCUGCUCGGCUCAUGGUUGUGGACCCUUCUGUUGCCCAGUCAUUCGCGGCAUCAGCGAAUUCUCAAAAGACCUUCGCGGAAUCCUGCCAAGAUCCCGUGCACGUUGCAGGUGCAGAAGAAUUCUGCCGCAUCCUUUUGGAGACGCCGACAGACGUCGCAGUAGAAUUCUUGUGGAAAUCGCUGGCCGGAAGUCUUAAGCCUACUUCCAAGACGCAUCCGCGCGAAAGCGUGCUUGCUGUGCUCGCUGCACGCGCACCAGUGUUACUUGUGAACAAGCUCGCCGGGGCGGUAGCACAGUGGUCGAACCUUCACGCACUAUGCGAACGGGACGCCUACAUGGAAAUUGUGGCGCAGCUGUUGGAGCGAAUGGAUGAUGAAAAGACGGGGAACAAGUUGGUGGCAGCCGUCGUUACUCAGAAAACUGACAUUACAGAUCGCGUGCAAUCUCGCAAGGCUGCUCCGCACCACUUACUUGCUGCGCUCACGGCCAAACCGUACUAUGCGAAAGCUCUUGAAAAGCAGCUGGGGGAGUCGCAGACGAAGCUGCUUACGGCGGCAAAGGUGCGCUUUGUAAAUGCGACGCAGCCUAAGGCGGUGUCAACCCAACGGUCCAUCUUGGAGAAGUUGACGAAGCUCAAUGCUUCCGGCGCAGGGGCAAAGCGUGCGCGAGAGUAG